GUCACUGGAUUAGUGCCUGAGACGCUGUCCCAGCCUCUUCCUACUUCUGAGCCUGCUGAGACGCUUCAAGAAGGGCACGACACUCACUGCUCGCUUUCCCUCCACCAAGCCUUCCACAUGAGCCAGCCAAGCCUUACCUCCCCACCAGGAUGAAGAAAGAAAAGAAAACGCAUGCUUUACUAUUUCUCCUUAUGCUUCACUUCACCUCGGCAAGGCAAUCAGACUAUGCUCCAUAUUUUUACGAUAAUGGUCCCAGCAGUACAAAUGGAAAUAUGGCCUUGUUCAGCAUCUCUGAGGAUACACCCGUUGGAACACAGAUAUAUGUCUUGAAUGGCACAGAUCCUGAGGAAGAUCCAGUACGAUAUGGUCUUGCUUUUGAAAAGGGCUCUACAGAAUAUUUUAGAGUGGACCCAAAGUCAGGAAAUGUGACUCUAAUUCAGGAGCUCGACAGAGAGAAACAAGAUGAAAUCUCAGUGCACGUGAGCAUAACGGAUGGCCGUAAUAAAGUUGUUGAGACAGUGAGAGUCUUUGUCACGGAUACCAAUGACGAGCCACCUGAAUUUCUAAAUUUGCCUUUUAUUAUUGAUAUUCCAGAGGACACUGCUCCAGGAAGUAGCAUCUACAGAGUCCAAGCAGUGGAUAAAGAUAUGGGCUCAGGAGGAAGUGUUUCCUAUUAUCUACAGACCUCCCCAUUCACCAAGUUCACCAUUGAUGGACACAGUGGGAUCCUCAGAGUUAAACCUGGUGAGACUUUGGACUUUGAGACCACACCAACGCAUUUUGUGACAGUAGUUGCAAAGGAUGGAGGUGGAAAGUACAAGGGGAAGCAUCAGGUGUUGACUUCCACAGCCACAGUAACAAUUAAUGUUAUUGAUUCCCAAGACAUGCCUCCAUACUUUGUAGGAACACCAUAUUUUGGAUACAUCUAUGAGGUCUCUGUUCCUGGCUCUGAAAUAUACACAGUGUACGCUAAAGAUGGUGACCAAGGCAAUCCUAACCCGAUACAUUAUUCCAUUAUUAAUGGUAGUGAUGGUGUGUUCGACAUAAAUAGCACAAGUGGUUGCAUCACCCUGACAACUUUUCCAUCUUUGCUGAAAAAUGAGCUGUAUGAAAUCAAAGUCAAGGCAUCUGAGGUAGGCCCAAACAAUGAGCUCCAGGACUAUGAUGUUACCACAGUGACUGUCCGUGUGGUUGAUCUCAACAACCAUCCCCCAACCUUUUAUGGAGAAAAUGGGCCACAGAACAAAUUUGAAGUCACCAUGUAUGAGCAUCCACCUGCAGGGGAGAUCCUCCGUGGCUUCAAGAUCACAGUCAACGACUCUGAUCAGGGAGCAAAUGCCAAAUUUAAACUGAGGCUAGUUGGGCCGAGCCGAGUGCUUCGUGUGGUUCCCCAGACAGUCCUGAAUGAAGCACAGGUGACCAUCAUUGUGGAAGACACAUCCGGCAUCGACUAUGAAAAGGGGCCAACUCUCUCUUUUAAGCUCCUGGCAGUGGAGAUUGACACUCCUGAACGGUUCAGCGCAACAGCGGACAUAGUGAUCAACCUGCUGGACACAAAUGACAACAUCCCUAAAUUCACAUCUGAGUAUUACAUCGCCAGGGUCCCUGAGAACUCUCCUGGAGGCUCCAGUGUUUCAUCUGUAACAGCAAACGAUCCAGAUUCUGGGUCUUGGGGUGAAGUCAAAUAUACGAUUUAUGGAUCAGGAUCUGAUUUGUUUUCCAUUAACGCUUCAUCAGGCCUCAUCACCACACAGCCCUGGACCAGCCUGGAUGCAGAGGUCAGGUCAAAGUACAACUUUUAUGUCAAGGCUGAAGAUUCAGAGGGGAAGUACAGCUUGGCUGAAGUCUUUGUCACAGUCACUGACAUGAACGACCACGCGCCAGAAUUUGAUGAAGUGCUCGUGGAGAAGACGAUGAUUAUUGGCACGCCUGUCAAAAUAGAGGCCGUGGAUGAAGAUGCGGAGUCUCCAAACAACGUCAUUGAAUACUCCAUCAUGACCGCAGAUCCUGACAAUGCAUUUGACAUCAAUGCUGACACUGGCGAGAUCAAGCUGAAGCCUUAUAUUAAGUCUAUGGAGAUUGUACAGAACAUCACCAAGCAGAAGGACUGCAAGUGGUCUGUGGUGGUCGAAGCCAGGGACCGAGGCUCUCCGUCCUUCAGCACAACAGCUGUGGUCAACAUCGAUAUCACAGAGGCGACUCCUCUCAAGGGGCCUAUGGCAGCCUUUUUAAUGAAAAGUAGGGACAAUCCUUUAAAAGCUCUAGGCAUGGUCACUUUUAUCAUUAGUGUUUUGGUAGGAGUGACUGUCUUGAUCUCUACGGCUAUGUACAUGCGCAACUCAAAGUCCAACAGGAUCAUGCCAGCACGCCGCAUCAUUAAGAGGCGACCCAGGGACCAGCAGCCUUGGACCUUCAAGAUACCUGUUAUCAAAUUCACCAACCCUGGAGAAAAGUUCCUCAUAACCAACCCGGAGAGCAGCCUCCAGCAGGAGACAGGCAGCCCCCGGCUGAAGCCUCCACCUCCCAUUGCUCCCUGUCUUCCGCCUCCACCUCCCUCUAACGUGCGGCCCAAUGAAAGGCUGCGUGCAGUCCCAACAAUAUCUGGCGCACUGGCAUCCAAAGGCUCCAAGAAGGCUAAGUCCAGCCGCCGUAAGGAGGGAAACAUCAGCUCUGCUUUAGUGUCGGAGCUUAAAAUGAAGCUUGAGCAGAAAAUACACGAGAACAACCAAGGUUAUUAUUAACUUUAAUGCACAAAUAUCUUCUUUGAUGGCUCUUAACUCACUUCAUCCGAGUUCUGUGUGAUGAUGAGGUUACGUGAGCCUACCUUUAUGUUAUUUACAAGCAAACAAAAGAAGAGAGUGGUUUACAUAAUUAUGUCUUAAGACAAGAUAGAAGUGGGCUGCAGUGUAUUCUCAGUUGACCUGCUUUAGAUAAAAACAGGAGACAGCUUGAGUCAUCAGUACAGUACUAGAUAAUUCACCACACUGCCAUCUUGAGGAGGAUUAUCAUUUUAACAUUAAGAAGCAUUACAAGAAAUUGAAAGCUGAGAAGUUGCUCUUUUGUAUGAUGAAAAUGUGCCACUGUAGGUUUUCACAGUAAGAGCAUCUUGCUUUUAUUUUGUUAAGUGAGUAACUGUAGAAAAAUGCUUUUAUAUAAGUGGAUGUGGAUCUAUUUUAAUUGUACAGCACUGUAAACAUGGCAAAACCGCAGCUGUAUCAUGAUGCAGUAAAUACAGCAAAGUCAAAAUUAGACCGUCUAACUCCUCUUGAAGGAUGUUGUUGAUAAAAAUCAGUCAUAUGCUUGAAAUUUUUAAGCUCAGAUUACUAUUUAUAUAAGCUGCUUGGACACUUAAUUCAUAUGGGUAUUUAAAUGUAGUGUCAAAAAUGUAGGGUCUUUGCACUGCUACUUUCCAGGUUACUUUUAAAUGCCUUCAAAUGUAGGCAAAUACAGUGUCAUCACUGCAAGAAAUAUGAUGUUCUUGAUUCUAUCUUAGCUUACUAUUGUAAAUAAGUUUAGAAAAACUAUAUAUGUUACAUAUAAAUAACACUUGCCUGGUAUUUCAAAGUAACAUAUUUGUACUGUCUUUGUACUGUCUUGAUUUUGAAU